GUCGCCACACAAACCGCUAACCGAUCUGAUCUCUCUCUCUCAAUUCAAAUUCAAAUUCAAACUCAAAACUCUUUCCAUUUCUUGUCUACUUUGAAGGAGCUUCAAAAGUCCCCUCUUCUUCAAAAUGUACCCAACACAAGGAUUCCCCGAGAUUCCCUCUUCUUUUCCCAUUGGCUCAUUUUUUUAUUUUUGUUUUUUUUUCUAUAAAUAAACAAUCUAUGAAUUCUGUUUCAUUAUAUUUUUAUGGCAUUUUCGUGAUCAAUGGCGGCGGCUACUUCUACUGCUCAGCUCGAUUUCAGACUGAGGGAUGUCUCUUGUUUGCUUAAUAACAGUGACAAUGGAGAAUUCAAAGAGUUGAGGAAGUGGAAGAGAGUUUGUUUUGUUAGAAACCCAGUGGCUCGGAUUAGUUGUUGUUGCUCUGAUUCGGUUGUCCCGAUUCGGAGAAUCAGCGGGUGUUCACGAAGGAGUGGGGAGAAGGCUUCUCAUAGAGUCCGAAUUCAAGCCUCCUCGUCAGCAUUGCCCUUUGCUUCUGCUCAAUCUCGUUUUGCUUCAAAAGUAGAAAAAUUUUCUCGUCCUUGUACCCCAAGGAAUUCGGGCCCACAGUCUCGUGACAGUCCGCCGAAAAGAGACACGGGUAUUGCAAAUGAGAAGGACUGGGGCAUCAAUUUGUUAAAUGAAAAUGUUAAUGAGUCUGGCACUAAUGAAGAUGGAAGUACUUGGUAUAGAGAAAGUGGGGAGGACCUGGGCGAGAAUGGAUACCGAUGUAGAUGGACAAGAAUGGGAGGUCAGUCCCAUGAUAGUUCCUCUGAAUGGAAGGAAAUGUGGUGGGAGAAAAGUGACUGGACGGGAUACAAAGAGCUAGGUGUGGAGAAAUCUGGAAGAAAUGCUGAAGGUGAUUCAUGGUGGGAAACAUGGCAAGAAGUGCUUCAUCAAGAUGAAUGGAGCAAUUUAGCAAGGAUAGAGAGAAGUGCUCAGAAACAGGCCAAAUCAGGCACUGAAAAUGCUGGAUGGUAUGAGAAAUGGUGGGAAAAGUAUGAUGCUAAAGGUUGGACUGAGAAAGGGGCACAUAAGUAUGGUAGACUGAAUGAACAGUCCUGGUGGGAGAAGUGGGGAGAGCAUUAUGAUGGAAGAGGAUCUGUUCUCAAAUGGACAGAUAAAUGGGCUGAAACUGAAUUGGGAACCAAAUGGGGAGAUAAGUGGGAAGAGAAGUUCUUUGCUGGCAUUGGUUCGCGUCAAGGGGAGACAUGGCAUGUAUCUCCGAGUGGUGAACGUUGGUCAAGAACAUGGGGAGAGGAACAUUUUGGAAACGGGAAAGUUCACAAAUAUGGCAGAAGCACCACAGGUGAAAGCUGGGAUAUCGUUGUGGAUGAGGAAACCUAUUAUGAGGCUGAACCUCACUACGGAUGGGCUGAUGUUGUUGGUGAUUCAAGCCAAUUGCUAUCAAUCACUCCCCGGGAGAGGCCACCUGGUGUCUACCCAAAUCUAGACUUUGGGCCGUCAACUUCUACAGAUGAUAAUAAUUAGUCUCAUUAUUUUGUUUUAUUUUUAGACGUUCAAAAACUAUUUAAAAGCAAUCAUAUGGGUGGAAAUACACUUGUGAAUUUCUGUUCAAUUCGUUUGUUUAAUAAUUAAUUCGUUCAUUUUAA